AUGGUAGGUUUUCACAAUUUAGUUAUUUAAAUAAUUAUAAUAUUACUUUUAGAGCAGCAACUUUACUGCUCAUUCGACCAUUUAGCUAAAUUUUAUAAUUAAAAUAAUGAUACAACCAUGCAUACAUUUUAGUAAUCAACUAUUAAAAAAAGAAACUUAUAAUCAACUGCAUAAUCAUGUCAAACAUCAUCAACUUUUACUAAUCCACCAUUUAUUGUGAAUCCUUUAGCUAUAUCUUUAUAUACACAAGACCAGAUAAAUAGCAGUUAAAGUUAGUUAGAACUUGGCAAUAUCAUUUUUAACUUUACUGCCUAAUCAAUAGCUAAUAUAACAAUAGAUAUAAGAUAAAUGUUUUAUUAUAAUACUACGCAAGGUACUUAGCUAACAUAUGGACAGGAUUGGUAGUAUUGCAUAUUGUUGAAUUAAACAUUAAGCGUAUCUGAUUGUAGUGCAGGUUGUCUCGCCUUGCCAUAAACAUUUACAAAUUAAAUGGCUCUUAACGUUAAUAUUCACAGAUUUAGCUUGUAUUCUAUGAUAGAUUAAUAACUAACAAUACUAGCUUUAAUAAAUAAUCCUCAGUAUUAAAGUAUAAGAUUAAAUUUAUUAAACACUGUGAGUCUUAGCUUGUCAUAACCUAAUAGAGCUGUAUAUAAUUAAAAUGUAUCAUUUGCUUUUUAUAUAAGUUCAUCAUAAAUUGCUGUGCCUGUAAACUCUAUACCACUCAACAGGUAAGGUCAAGCCAAUAACUAUCUACUUAGCUAUCAACAAAAUUAUUUUAACAACUUUACUAUCAAUAAUACUAAUUUAACAGGUAAUCCCUCAACAACAACUCCGAGCUAAUAUUAUCUGUCUCUAAAUGGUAUGUUUAUGCCUUAUAUUCCUUAUUUCAGUAAUUGUAGAUCUUUUGGAAGUAUGGGUUUUUUGUAUGAAAUAACUGAAAAUUAGAAUAAUUGCAAUUUAGUAGAUCCUUCUGAAGUUAAAGUUGUAAAUUAAUUCAAAUUUGGUGAUGUUCCGCAUAGCGAUGAGUGUUCACACAUAUUGUAUGAUUGUGUACUUGAUGAGUAUUUAAAUUAUAAUUUUAUCACAAAUACUUGGCUUUAAUAAAAUGUGAGAACAACUAUAUUUUAAAUGACUCCUCAACCAAUUUAUUAUGAUUAGAAUGACCUAAAUAACUAAGCUUACAACUCAAACUAUUUAGCUAAUGUUUUAACAUUAAAUGUAAUUCCUAAUGGCUAAUUACCAACUAAAAUUGUGUUUUAAAUUGGGUAUUACUAGGUUACUCCCACUGUAAAGUAAAUAAUUAUUGGAAAAAUAUGGUUUGAAAAUUUUGUUAAACCUUCUAACGACUAAGCAAAUGGUGUUGAACCUUUUAAUUACUAGCUUGAUUUCUCUUUUCAUAGUAUGAAUUAAUCAGAGCUUACAAUAAACUAUGCUCUAAGUAUCUGGGUCUAUAUCUUUAUGUAUAUGAUUUGUGGAUCAGUAAGCUUAACUUCUGUAUGCGUGUUUGCCGGAUAUCAUCUUUUAUUCAGAAGGUAAAAAAGUAAAAUUAAAACAAACAUAAAAUAGUGCUUAAAAGUCUUUUAUCCAGGAGCAUUAUUUGGUAUAUACUUACCAAUGAUUCCUGUCGCUAUGAUAUUAACAUUGAAUCUUCUAUUGAUGGGUGGGUAGAUGUGGUUAUACCCAUUUAACAUUUACAAUUGCAAUCCAUAAGCAGGAAAUUGCUAAUUAUCAAUUUUCGAUACUAUGACUAAUUUAUCACUUACUGAUCCAGGAUUACCAAAUUUAAGAAAAGGUAGAUUUGGGCUCUCUCUCUUAGUUAUAGGAUUAUAUAUGAUGAUACUAUGUGCAAAUUUAAUUGUACCUAAAAGCAAGAAUAAAGUCGAUAAAAAAUAAGGUUAGGUAUCUUUUGAUGGUAAUGUUUGGUUUAAAAGAAUGUGGGAAAUUUCAAAAUAUAUGUUUUUUUACUUGGGUGUUGUAGUGAUAAUGGAGAUUAUAAUUUAUUGGUCUCUCUCUAAUAAUUUUGGUAAUAAUACUUGGUACUAUCUUUGCACUCUAAAAGUUGUAGGAAUGGUUUGUGAAAGAUUAGGAGUUGUUUUUUUUUAAAAAUUCAUAUUAUCUUCUCCUAUUGCAUUUGCUAUGGAUCACAUUCUAGAUGUGGCAACAUUAGGAGCUAAUGACUAUUUGGCUUUUCUACUUUCUUUUUUCUUAGAACAAGGAAUUUAAAUGUAUGAAAGAACUUAUGUUAAUGUGAUAGUUGAAGAAGUAGAAGACUUUAUAUGGGAGACCUACUGCCAAGUAAAAGGCAUUCUUGUUUCAGCUUGGGAAAAAUACCAAAGUGAAGAUAACUUUGAUAAUUCAGAUGCUUUUACUAUUGGAGAUAGGCAGGAGUUUGAUUAAAUUUCUGAAAGUAAUUCAAACAUCAUCUUGUCAGAAAAUUUGGAUGAGAGUGUUGAUUCUAAUUUUGUUCUUGAUAAUUCAUUUGAGAAUAUUCCAAAAGAAGUAUAGAAAGUGACUGUUUAAAAAAAAUUGCAACAAGAAUCAAAUAACAUCGCUAAUCAACAGCUUAAGUUUGAUGGGAAUGAGGAAUCUUUUGAUGAAGAAAGGGAUUGUGAUGAAUUCGAAAGUAUUUUCUCCAGUAACUUGUAAUAUAAGAAAGAUAAAAAGUAGUAUGAAAGAAUUUAAAAAUAAGAAAUUAAAAGAGAUGAUUAAGCUAAAAAGUAAAAAGAAAAGAUUUAAAAGCAUAAGCAUAAGCAUAAAUAAAAGGAAGAGAUAGAUACUAAAUCUUUUAAAUGCAUAGAAAGGUAUGGAGAGUUUUUUAAUGGUAUGCUAGGUCCUUUACUUUUGCCUAUUACAACUCUAGAAUCUUGGCUUUUUUAUAAUUAAAUUGAUCUAGCAAAUAAUUACAAUAUUUAACAGCAGUUCUAUAUUAUUUACUUUGUUUAUACUCUUGUAAUAUUACCAUUCCGUUUAGCUAUUGAUAUAGUAUACUACCAUCUUUGGAUUGUAUAUCAUGAUAUUGACUUUCUUCCUUAUGCAACAAAGUGCAAAUAGAGAUUCGAAAAUAGAAGAAAAGUAUGGAAAGCUGAUCAAACAACAAGUGAAAGCGAUAACGAUAAGAAUAAUUAACAAGAUAAAAAUAAUAACAGCAGUUAAAAAUAAGAAAAAGAAUCAAAAGAAAGAGAAGAAGAAUAAGAGUUCAAAGAUAUAGAUAAAUGGUGCUAUUCUUCAUAAUAUUAUUUUGUGUCAUCCCUAUUUUUGAUUGGCAUGAUGUAAUGUGUGCUUGGCUUAUAUGAAAUAACUUUUACAAAUUAUGGUAUAUUUGGAGAUAGAAUGCUUGUACCUAUUAUAUUACUUUGGGUAUCUUUGUGCUUUGUAGUGCAUUAAUUGUGUUUAUUCUUAGGAAGAAUAUUAGGUAUAUGGAAAAUCAAAGUUAAAUAAGAGAAUCCAGCUUAAAAUAACACUAAUGAUGAAUAACCAAAGAGUAAUUCAAAUUAAGAAUAAUAGGAAGAUGAUAUAGAAAAAAAUAUUGAGCUUGCUCAUCAAAAGAAUGUAAUUCUAACCCAAAGAGAAAAGGAAAAAGAAAAAAAAAGUAUUUUUAAAAAACUGGCUUAAAAUCUAGAAAAAACUUAGUUUGAAAAUUAGCAUUUCAGAAAAAAUUUCAUAUUAUCGAAUAAAUUAUGGCUAAAAAAUAAUAUUAAAAAUAUUUUAGACAAGGAAACCAAAAAAAAGUACAGAGAUUAAAUUAUUGAAUAAAUGGAAAGUAUAGAUGUUAAACUAUAAUAGAGAAGAAAUAUGAAAAAGUUUUUGCUGAUGAGAAAACUAAAAGGUACAAAAAAGAAAUCUUUUUUGAUUGAUAAUAAUGAAGAUUAUGAAGAAACUAAAUUGAUUAAUAAAAAUAAAAAAGAUUUAAAAAGACUAAAUAGUCAAAAAAGCUAUUAAGAUGAUUAAAGUGAUAUCGAAUUUGAUAUUUUAUAUGACAUUUAUUAGUAAGAUUUAUUACUUGAAGGCGAAAGAAGAGAUAGCUUUAGUAAAUUUGAAGCUAUGGUGUAACCAAACCGCCCAACGGAAAUUCCUUAUUCAGUUAAAACUAUUUUAAGAUAUUGGCUUUAUAGGAGUAGAAAUUAUAGUAAAGCUUGUAGCUUAGUUGGUGGAAUUUAUGAUAGAAAUUUAAAGAAAUAUUGCUAAUUUUGUGGCAACACUUGGGGAUUAAUUUGUUAAUCUGAACAAAAUGUUGAAGAUCUAUUUCAAAUUUUUAUAAAAAGUAAAAAUUAAAAAAAUAUUUUCACUGAUAAGUAAAAAGAUAGUUGGUAGGAUUUUUUUUAAGAGAAUUGUAACUUUAGAACUGAGUGUUUGGAAUGCAAUCAAGUUAUGAUCUAAGAAUAUUUUAAGUAAAUAAAGUCAAAAGAAUAAAAUGAAAAGACAAGGAAAGAAAGCACCAAUUUGUUUGAAAAUAGAAAUUCUAAUGGCUAUUUUAAUUUUCUUUUUGAUGAUCAGCUUAAAAAUGACCAAUAAACAAAUUAAAUAUUACAAAAUAUAAGUUUUUAAAAUGCUGGUAAUAAAUAGAUAUAAAAUACAAUUUUACCUAUUUCUAAUGAUGAAGAAACAAACAAAGAUGAUUAUGAUUUAGAAAACUUAAAAAAUUACUAAGUUUCCAAUAAAUAAAAUAAUAUUAGACAUAAAUAUGUAAGACAAAGUAGCAUAAAUAAGCCUUUACACAAGGUAUCAAAUCCUUUGCUUAAUAGUUAAGAUACAAUAACAGGAAGUCAAUUAAAUAUCAACAAGUCAUCUUCAAAAAUUCCAUUUAUAACUUAAUAAACUAAUAUUAGUAAUAUUUAAUCUCAAAAUGGUGAAGAAGAUAGUUAAAACGAAGAAGAAGAACAAAAAUAAAAUAUAUAAAAACAUAUUUAAAAAGAGCAAUAAUCUUUGUCUUAUAAUACUAUUAACACUAAUAAUCCUCAGAAAUAAUCUUAAAACUUAGGGAGUAGUGAUAUAUUAUAAGUAAGACUAAGAAAUUUCAGUGAUUUUGAAGAACAAGCUGAGGAAUCACCAAAUAUAAGCAACUUAAAAUAUAAUUUAGAUAAAUCAGAUGAUGAAGAAUUAAGCAGAUAGAAUACUGAAAGAGGACUCUUAACAAAAAAUAACUUAGUAAGUUAAAACUAGCUAAAAAUAUCACUUAAUCGUCUCAAAAGCUAGCAAACAAAUGAGUUAGAAAACUUACUGUAAAAUACUUAAAACGCUUAAAAAGGCAAUUUAAGAGAUAUUGUGCCUGCAAGAAAUAGAGGUAUAAGUGAAUAUAGUGAUAUUAAAGUUAUAUCAUAUAAUACAAGCCCCUAAUCACUUAUUUAAGUGCCAACUCCUCUUUAGUAGAUAGAAAUGCCAUAAAUAUACCCAGAUUUAAAAUCAAAACUUGUCGAAUUUUGCAUUUUAUGGAAAAAUAUUGCAAAAAAAAACAUUGAGUCGAGAAAAUAAAAAUAAAUUAAUUUUUAUCAAUAAAAUAAUUGA